CUACCACAACAGUUAAACCUAUCUCUGUCACCUCUUCAAUAUCUGCAUCUUCUUCUUGUAAAUUACUAAAUCAAUUACUCAAUUCAUUUCCAUUAUUAAACAAGUUUCUACUCCUUCCAUCUAAUCAACUGUUCAUAUCCAUAAAAUCCCCAAUCUUUUCAACCAAUUUUCCAACUCAAAACCAACCUUUUUAGCUGUACUAUAUUCCCCCACAGAAAUCUUGCCAAUUUCGAUCUGUUUUUUUUAUAAAUUUGUUGGGUGUUUGUGUUACUUGAUUUGAAAGGCUGGAUUUUUUAAAUUUCUGAUCUGGGAUCUCUGCUAUGGUCUUGUUUUCUUGAAUUUGAGGUUUUUGUUGUUGUUGGGAUGCAAUAAAGGUGGAGUCUUUGGAGGUUUCUUGUAAUUUGGGGGUUUGACUUCGAUUUGAUUUGUCGGUUGUGAGAAUUUGAGGCUGUGAUUUGUAUUUAAUGGCUGUGCAUGAAUUGGUGGAGCUCAAGUUUAGGCUUGCUGAUGGCAGUGACAUUGGGCCAAGCAAGUAUAAUUCUAGUGCAACUGUGACUUCUCUCAAGGAAAAGAUUAUUGCUCAAUGGCCUAAAGACAAAGAAAACGGGCCAAAAUCCAUCAAUGAUAUAAAGCUCAUUAACGCGGGAAGGAUUCUUGAAAACAACAGAACACUUGCUGAAUCGCGACUUCCACUCAGUGAAGUCCCCGGAGGUGUCAUCACAAUGCUUGUUGUCGUGCGGCCCCCCCUUCCUGACAAAAGUAGUGAUAAACUGCAGGAAAAUUCCCAGAAGAAAGGUGGGUGUCUUUGCACUAUAUUGUAACAGACGGAUCUGCUUCGCCUCGUCUCAUAUGUUUGUACAACAGGUUCUUGAUUGCAUUUACAACAUUACACAUGUUAAUAGAGCAAAAAAAAUGUGAUGACAUCAUAGUUAUUGGUCUCGGUUCUUUAUACUUGUGCUCGAUAAAUGGAAGAAAGAUCGUUGAGAGACGUUACAGGAGAGCAAAGUCGAGCCUCAGAGAAGUUGCCUGAGGAGAGAGCACACUCCAAAGCAAGCCUUGGUUGUGGUUGAAUUGCACUGUGAAUUGUAUUGUAUGUAUAAUGAAAUUUGUUUACUUUGUCUAUAUUGUUACAGCUUGAAAAUGAAGUUGAAUUUUGCUCAAA